AUGUCUUUGAUAUCGGCCUUUCGCCCACCAUCAACCCGCGUCACUUCAGUCCGUCACAGGUCGCGACCUCGCCGAAGAAGAAAAACAGGUCGAAGCGAGCCUGCAGACUUCGAUUCAGAAGGCCAUCUCAACGAUACAGAUGCACAUUCAAUCAUUACGCCAUCCAAGCACACACCAAAGCCUUUGCGAGUGUUGCGGGGCUCCAUGGCCGCCGGUGGUCCUCUUCGUCCAUUUCGCCUGGUGAAACAGGAUAUUGUCAAUCUACGACGAAGAUGGGUGUCAGACUGGAUCUUGUUCAACCAGUUGAUCUUUGCUAGCGCAGUUUACGUCUUCUUCACCAAUCUUCUUCCCGGUAUCACGUUUGCCAGUGAUCUCUAUGUGUUAACGGGCAAAACCUGGGGCACUAUCGAGGUGGUCUUCAGUACCGGGCUGUGCGGUAUUAUCUUCUCGCUGUUCUCAAUCCAACCCCUCACGAUUCUCGGCGUCACCGGCCCGUUUUCUGUCUUGGCAGAGAAUAUUUACUCACUGUGCGAUGAAGUAUUCCAGAUUCCCUUUCUACCCUUUAUGGCCUGGUCCCUGAUUCACUCUGCUUGGAUGCAUUACCUUUUGGCUAUCAUCAAUGCUCACGACUGGACCAUGCGCUACGUGACUACCUUUGCAACAGAGAUUUUCUCGCUUCUCAACAGUAUCAUCUACUUCCACAAGGCUAUUCAAGAGCUGGAAAGGGCCCACGAGAAUCUCUCUUUUGCGGCAUUCCUCUACGCUGUGAUUGGUGCCGUGGGCACAAUGCUGCUUGCCAUAUUCCUUUCCACGGCCGAGAGCUGGAAACCACUAUUUCAUCGUUACAUCCGCCUCGGACUUACAGAGUACGCAGCCGCAAUUUCUAUCAUCAUAUUCAUCGGCCUUCCUUAUGUUGGUGAGCUGGCCCAGCUGGAUAAAAUGACGCUAGCUGUCAGUUCGUCAUUCCGGCCAACCGCUCCUGACAGAGAGACCUUCUUCGUGGAAUUCUGGAAGCUUCCGGUUGACUGGAUCUUUGCAUCUAUGAUACCUGGACUCAUAAUUACCAUUUUGUUCUUUUUCGACCACGAAGUCAGUUCAAUUAUCUGUACGAUCGAUCGGUACGGGACUUGCAAACCAGGUGGUUUUGCGUGGGACAUCGUUCUGCUGGGAACGACAACAGCUCUAUGUGGCAUUCUGGGGAUUCCACCCGCCAAUGGCCUUCUCCCCCAAGCUCCACUGCAUUCAGAGUCCCUGAUGCAUACCGAGAAGGAAGAAAGAACCAUCAUUGUGGAUGGCGAGGAGAAGAUUGAAACCCGAGAGGUGAAACGAGCUUACGAACAACGUUGGUCUGCUUUUAUACAAUCCGGAGCUAUCCUACUGUUUGUCAGUCCACCUUUCAUGAAAGUACUUGGCUUGACACCGACCAGUGUCCUCGCAGGACUUUUUCUUUUCAUGGGCGAGCAGAGUUUGUCGGUCAACCCUAUAUUGUACCGUACCUUCUACCUCCUUACACCACCGUCCGAGCUUCCACCACUUCCUCAGUCCCUGCACAAAACCUCACAACCGACAUCCACCGCAGAAACAACUCCUACGAGCCCGUCCUACCUACCAAUUCACCUCUACACUAUUCUACAGAUAAUCACUACCGUGAUUAUUUUCAUCGUGACACUCACUCGCAGCGCCCCAGCCUUUCCGGUGUUAAUCAUUGCCCUCGUUCCGUUCCGUCUACUCGUCAUGAAGCGAUGGUGGCCCCGCGAGGCCCUUCGAUUCGUCGAUGCCUGGGCUUGUCGCGAAGGGACACCCGAGGACGACGAGGACGCCCAGGCAAAAGAAGAUGAGCAGGCCGUUGAGGAAAGGUCUAGCGGAGCUCAUUUUACCGGAGGUAUUUUGCGACAGGGGUCUGAUGGAAAUACUCAUGGACUGUCUUCGAUUGCGGAAACCAGCACACAGUGGAACCAAGCCAGAGGCUCGAGGGCUGACCUUGCAGACCAGGAAACUUGGGGUUUGACCGAUGACGAAAUAAAUCAUGAAUGGGUUGAGCUUGGGGAGCGGGUGCGCCCUGACGAAGAGCUGGGAAGGGAUAGGUAA